UGUCAUCGGUGGUUCAAGGAGGAGCUGGGGAGCACAGAGCAACGCAUUUUGACGAUCCUCGGAUCACCCCUCGCUGUUUCGCCCUCUUAGGCUCUUCCGUUUCGAUGCCCUAGUCCUUCUAGGCGGCCUCCUGCUAAGCCCUCGUCUCAUUUUCUUCGGUACCGCCGGCAAUCACUUGAGAUCGAGGGCUCAGUCCUCUUCAAAAGUUCAACCAUGGAGAAAAGAUGGACUUUGAAUGAUUUUGAAAUUGGGAAGCCAUUAGGGAGAGGAAAGUUUGGUCAUGUGUAUUUGGCCAGAGAAAAGAAGAGUAAUCAUAUAGUAGCAAUGAAAGUUCUAUCCAAGAGUCAGUUAAAGCAGUCUCAGGUUGAACAUCAGAUUCGAAGAGAGGUAGAAAUUCAGAGUCAUCUUAGACACCCUAAUAUACUGCGUUUAUAUGGGUACUUCUAUGAUCAGACUAGAGUUUAUUUGAUAUUAGAAUAUGCAACAAAAGGAGAACUUUACAAAGAACUGCAACGGUGCAAAUAUUUCAGUGAGAGACGAACAGCAACAUAUAUAUCAUCUUUAGCUCGGGCCCUUAUCUACUUGCAUGGAAAGCAUGUUAUUCACCGAGAUAUCAAACCGGAGAAUCUACUUCUUGGAGUGCAGGGUGAAAUAAAAAUUGCAGAUUUUGGAUGGUCAGUUCACACAUUUGAUCGCAGGAAGACAAUGUGUGGCACUUUAGAUUACCUUCCACCUGAAAUGGUGGAAAGUGUAGAUCAUGAUUCUAGUGUGGAUAUUUGGAGCUUGGGUGUUCUAUGCUAUGAGUUCCUCUAUGGUGUACCACCAUUUGAGGCCAAGGAGCACGCUGAUACAUACAGAAGAAUCAUUAAAGUUGAUCUCAAAUUCCCCUCAAAACCCAUAGUCUCUUCAGCUGCGAAGGAUCUGAUAAGCCAGAUGCUCGUCAAAGAAUCCUCGCAGCGUCUCCCAUUUCACAAACUACUUGAGCAUCCAUGGAUUGUUCAAAAUGCCGAUCCUUCUGGCAUUUACUGAAAUUUAUUUCAAUAGUAUCAUUGCUUGACCAUUCGCCAACAUUUUAUUCUUUCCAUUUUGUUUGUUAAUGGAAACAUUCUCUGUAAUUCCUCAUUGUUUCUGACAU